AUGGCACGUAAAGCUUUGACGGAUUGUCCCGAGAACCUUCGAGAGGCUAUCGACUGGCUACUCCAGGUGAAUAGUGGUGACGGGAUUCCUCAGCUGUCUGAGGCUCUCGGUAAGUUGGUUGACAAUGUCGCUCAGGACGCUGAAAGAUCCCUGUCGUCUCUACCCGAAUCAUAUCACACGUCCGCCGGAGAUGUCAUUGACAAGCUUCGAGCGUUUCGGAGCUCUCUUCAGAAAAACUCUGAGAAUACUAAUAAAAACAUUUUACAUAAUCUCUGUUCCGCCCUUGAGACAUUUUUAGGUUAUAAGCCUCCCGGAACCUACGAUGGUUCCGGGAUUGUGUAUGGCUCCGCCUCCCGUCUGUGCGACGCCAUAGUGUCAUUUUUCCAUGGUCUGUUAAAUGACGUUCAUUGUAACCAGCCGUAUGCGGUUGGCAAAAAUAUCUUGCGUGAAACUGUUGAUAAGCAUCUUAAGCCUAAUUUACGAGAUGGCCACAAGGGGUUUAAGAGGGUCGUCGGCGAUGUUGCCGGCAGAGUUUCGGCGUACAAUACCGCUGUGGCCGCCUACAAUGAUCAGGUCAAAGCACCUAUAAAAACAUUAUUAUCGCAGGUUACGGAAGAGUUUCAGAGACGGAUUGCCGAUGUUCCAGAGGGGGAAGCGCUCGAGAAGUUGAAAGACGGAAAUGAAGUUGCAAAAAAGGUGAAAGAGGUCGGAUCACUGGUCUCCAGGUACGUGACUUACGGCACAAGAUUUGAGACUGACAUUGCGAAAACAGAGAAACAAAUCAAGGAUCUGAAUCACAAGUUGCGUGAGAGGAUAAGAGAUGUACGUGAGUCGGUAAGCCAUGAAACUCAGAGACUUCGGACGCUUACCCGGAGGGAGUAUGAGAACUACAAGGCAAUUAUGAAAUUGGUUAACAAGUUUAAACAGGCGAAAGAGAAUAUUAUUAAGCAGAUCAAUUCACAAGUUACCGCACUCGUAGAAAAGUUGAAAAACGCAGUUAAGUAUAUAUUGUCAUUGCUCGAGGAAAUAAAGAGCAAGCUGAGGGGCUAUGUUGACAAACUGGUCAAAUGGAUGAGGGACGUUAAAAAGUUUAUCGACACAGUUGCGCAGAAGAAUGUGGACAAGAUAUUAAAGGAAGUUACUGACGGAUCCAAUAAAGAAGAUCUUGAAGGUGAGAUUAGGGAACUUGAUAGUGCCCUGAAGAAUAAAGUUGAGGAGUUGAGCACCUGGAGAGAUGCGGCGGAGCGUGUUCUCCAUCAUGCCAUUGAUAAUUCGUCUCAAGUUAGUACAGAUUUAGAUCCGAAAGGUGACAAGCCUAAAUCCAUGGGCGCAAACAUCACUACAAUUACUAGAGCUAAUCAAAAAAUCUCGGAAGCUAAUACACAACUUAGAUAUCGUGUUGGUGAAUUGGGCACUUGGAAGGGCGCAGCGGACAAAUUGCUGCAAGAUGUGAUCAACAGUUCAAAUGAAGUGAAAGAUAAGUUGGCUCCCCAGCAUAAGGAUAGCAAGUAUCCCAUUGGCCAUAAUAUUAAUGGAAUUAGUGAAGCAAAAAAAGCACUUGACCAGGCUAAAAUUAAGCUUGAAAGCCAUAUUGACAGUUUGGAGCAGUGGAUUAACAAAGCCGAGAAAACGCGUGACAAGGCUGAGCAAAGAGCAAAAGAGGCCUUUGACUUAUUGAAGGAGUAUAAGAGUAGACAUAACAGUGGAUGGAAUAAAACAACGCUUGGUGCGAAUAUCGAUAAAAUCGUUGCAGCGAAUGAACAAAUUGGAAAAGUUAAUGAAGGCCUGGAAAAGGUUGAUAAAAUUUUGGAGACUUGGAAGCAGGAUGCGGACACCGCCGUCAAGGCGGCUAAGGAGAAGGCGGAAGAAGUGCAUAAAAGGUUGGAUAAAGAUGAUGGCAGUCAGGAGAUUAGUAAAGGUAUUAAGCAGAUUAAGGAUGCUGAAACGCAGGUUUUGAAAGUUGAUGAUGCGUUAAAAGGCGUUGACAGCGAUUUAGGUAAGUGGAGUGCCGCGGCUAAAAGUGUUCUUGAAUCAGCGGUUGGCAAGGCUGAGAAGGUGCGUGAUGCCUUGGAUCCUGAUAAAAAUGGUCCACAGGAUAAGCAUAAAAUAGGCCACAAUAUUAAGGAAAUUGACACCGCUAAAGUACAGAUUGACAGUGCAAAAAAAACUCUGGGAGAGGAAGUCACCAAGCUGGCCACUUGGAAGAGUAAGGCUACAGAAGUUGUGGACAGCGCGAAAAAGAAAGUCACGGAAAUUGUUAAUAAGUUGGAAGGUAAAAAUGGGAAUGAAAAUCAGAGUGUUAAGGACGCCGCCGAUAAGUUGAGGGAUAAGGCGAAUAAACUUGUGGAUGAUUAUGAUAAGGCUAAGUCAGCAGUUCAGUCGGCGGUUGAUGCCGCUAGAAAGGAAGUUGACGACUUGGACAAAAAGCUUAGAGAGGAUUUGCAGCAGUUGGAACAGGGGAUUAAGAGUAAUGUAACAACGUAUGUCACGCAGUAUGUGACGGCGGUGCAAACGCAAGUGGAGAAGAUUAAGGGGGAGGAAAAUAAUGGCACAGGCCUGGAGGGGAUCCAAAAGGGAGUGCAGAAUUAUUUCAACUUUUUCCAGGGCAGUUUCACCAAUGCAGUAGGCGGUUGGAUCGAUGAUAUUCUGGAGCACAACGGCGUGGUAGAAAGGUUAUUUGGCUGGCAGAGUAAGGGGGAAGACGAGCUUAAGAAAGACCUGGAGAACAGUGGUCUCGGAGGCUUAAUUAAGUCUCCGAUUAAUUCCAAAAUUGACCUGGCGGUUGAAGUUUUUAAGAGUGGACCACCACCUGCCACCGGCAUGAAAGAUAAAAUUGAAAAGGUCAAGCAGGCCUGCGAACUGUUUGCCCACUGGCUUGAUAAGGAGUUGAAGGAUCCGAAGAGUGGCGGUGUCCUUGAGUUGGCCAAGCAGGCCAAGAAGACGAUGGUGGAGGAAGUUUUCGAAAGAAGCAAACAAAGUAACUUACAAAGGGUCUUACAAACCGCAAACUGCGCAUGUAAUUGCAGAUCGUACUGCAUGUUGAAAGACUGCCAAAACUGCCAAGACCCAAAAUGUAUCCUCACGCAGGCCAUCGCCACCACACUCCUCGUCGUGUCAUCGGUGGGCAGGCAAGUGGGCAAGGAGCUCCAAUCUGUAUUUCUCGGCGAGGGGACAAAUAUGGGAAGCGACGCCGAUGGGACAAAGAAAAGCAUUGCGAAGGAAUUGGACAGCGCUUACAGAGUGACCAAUGGCCUUCACAAUAAUCUCGACAUGGCGCUUGGCAUAGGUGCCGGCCAGGGCACCGAUCACAAAGUUGGCGAUGCGGCUAGCAUAGACAACAAGCUGAAUGAUGCAAUUGAUGCGGAAGUUGCGGAGAAGUUUCCGAAGAGUGGUGGCGGCGCUUCAACUCAAAACAAUUACAAUCUUCAAAAAGUCGCGCAGAAUUAUAAUUCGCAUAUGACAGGGACGGUGAAGGAACAGUGGAGCAAAAUUGCGGUUCCAGAUCUUAGGACUGAUAAAGGAGAACAAGGCAAAGAAGCAGUCCAACAAGAAAUCGCCGGCCUCCACUCCGACCAUGAACAGAAAUUCACUGGCUUCGUAACAGCCGUCAGGGAGCUCGUUAAAAAGGAUAAUCAAAAACCGCCGAAGGACACAGAUAAAGACAGUGUAAAUGCCCACCUGGAGGAUUUGGAGGGCAUGAUUAAGAAUGGCAAAAAUGGAGAUGAAAUGUAUCAACUUAAAAGUCUGCAAAGUGUCAAUGUCCACCGCCUUGAGAAAAUCCACGGUGAGCUUGACAAGCUGCCAAGUACAUUCACCGGACAAACAAGUAAAAUAAACUCAGCCAAAGAUGCAAUUGUAGGAGAACUCAAAAACCUUCGAAAGGAAUUGCAAAAAGAUAACGGCGGUGAGGCCGGCGUCAUUGACCAGUUGAAAGAUCUGAAGGACACUGGACUAACAGGAAAUGAAACUUGGAAACCAAAAGGCCACGAAGCUAAGGGCUUUGAUCAUAUUAAAAAUAACCUUAAAGGUCAACAAAAUACGUUGUCCACUCAACCUGAAAAGAUCGGCGAUGGCGUCACCCUGAUCACCAGGGAGCUUGACAAACUGAGGAGUGAGUUGCUGGGUGAGAACAGUGAGCCACAAAAAAGAGGCGUCGUAAACAAUUUGUUACAUCUAGAAACUGCAAUUGAUCAACCUGGAAAAAAUGGCGACGGCAGCCUGAAUAAAAUCCACACUGACCUAAAAACGCAAAUGAAAACGUUGAAGGAUCAACCCACUGAAAUCAAAACCGCCCUAAAUUCACUUAAGAGGCAACUUGCGCUUGUCGGAAUCCGAUUACAUAAUGUGGUCGUGGAUGGUGACGUCGUGGACUACUUGAGGGCGCUGAAAGCGCAAAUUUCCAAGGGUGAUCCAAAAAAUGGUCUGAUGAAAAUUCAUAAGGACAUCGAAAACCUGAAAAACACAGAUUUCACUACGCAUCCCAAAGGCAUCCAAGAGGCUGUUACACAAAUUACCCAGGCGCUUACAGGCCUCCAAGGUGACUUGGACAACAAUGUCACCGGAAAGUUGGGGAAGCUGAGGGAGCAGGGGCUUAAAAAUGGCGGUGUAAACUGGGAUGGUAAAGGAACAACCGUAAAGGGUUUCGAGACAAUCAAGGAGGCGAUUAAAGGUUUGCAUACUGUAGACUUCAGUACUCAAACUCCCAUAAUCACCUUCGGCAUAUCCGGCAUCACCGCUGAGCUCCAAAGGCUUCAGAGCAAGUUGAGCAAUGAGGUCACCCAAAAGUUACAGGAUCUCAAAGGCAAGGGCCUCGGCAGCGGUGAGUGGGAUAAAAGCAAAAAUAUCAGUGGCCUCGACAAGAUCAAGGAUGAACUCCAAGCGCUGAAGGAUGAGAGUGUUCGUGAUCUCCGCAGCAAACUGAAUUACCUGUGCAACGCCAUUAAACGUGCGACAGGAGAUCUCAAAGUACAACUAGAGAAAAUCAGCAACGAUGAAAUUAACAUAAACUUGAAGAGCAUCCAUAAUGAUCUCGACAUGCUGCUCGUCGGCCCGGUGCAUCAAGCAAUAAAUGACGCCACGAAUCUCCUCGAUGAAGCAGACAGGUGGCGUGAGGAGACGAUUAAAAAUCUCACAGCGUACGUCGAGGAGCAACUUGACCCCUGCAUCGCCGAGCUCACAAGGCACGCGCGUGAGCAUUAUUUCUCCACCGUCAAGGAGGCGUUGCGGAGCUUCACCAGCAGGGUGAGUGGACAGCUGGACACACUGCCGGAGGAAAUCGAAAACGACAAGCACAUUGGCUUCAAGGGGCUGAUGGCGAGGCUGCAGGGCGAAAAAGGCGUGAACAUCAAAAAGCUCAAAGAAGUCAAGGAUCCCCAAAAUGUCUCUGACUUGGCCUCCGCCUUCAUGCAAUUCUACGGGCCGGUGAGUGACUAUGUCAACGAAGAGAUUAUAAGGGUGCAUAAGCAAAAUAGUGCGGAAAGGAAUCCGCCAGGCAAGGAGGAACAGAGAUAUUCCUGCAAGCUUUUCAGAACACACGAAGCGCUCACCAACCUGCUCACUUACCUCAGCGACAACGGUGUGUUCGACCACAGACUCUGCGGGCUGACCAAAACGCUGACCACGGCGCUGGGCACAAUGACUCCCGAAGGCUUUGCCAAAACCUCAACUGCCACGCUGGACUGCGUGGUGGACGGGCUCACGAAAUUCGCCGCAGAGCUCGGGCAGUCGUACGUCUCCCGCUACGCGGGGCAGACGCUCAUCGACGACUACGGUGAGAAGUACGCCAAGGUCUUUCUCACCAUAGUGCCGACAAUGUUCGACUCCCUCAGUGAGCUGCGGCGGCGUUGUAAUAGUAACGGCAAGUGGAGAGACUACAAGAUUAAUUCAAGCAACAGACUUGGGACCUUUUUCGAGCGCUGCGGCUACAGUGUUGCAAGGUCUCCCACUGAGCAGGACGGCGAGCUGCGGAACGACGCUGAGUGCAACGGUACGGGGGAAGAUGAGACUGAGAAAAGGAACGACAAUCACAGUGUCCUCAAAAGGCUCUGCGACAAUUUGUAUACUUUUUACCGUGUCUGUCAUCUUAAAUUAAUUAUGUCACCCCGGCCGCCGUGCAGUGUCUAUGAGAUGCUGACAUGGUGCUGCGGGCUUACGUACAAUCGCGUGUACCUGGGCCUCAACUCCGAAGCGCUGCCCUCGCUGUUCGAUGCGCCGGAUGAGCAGGAGUCUACUGACUCCGACGUGCCCUUGAUGAACCUCAGUAGCCUGGCGCUUAAGGCCCACCCGCGGAACAUAACACCACCGUCCCUCACCGACGCACUCACGGAGGUCUGCCACCAGUCGCACAAUGUGCUCACCACGUUACUCGGCUUCGGCCACGCAGGUGGCAUCUACGCCUGCGACUUCAACACCAACCCGCAAGGCCUGUUCUAUCCCCAUGACACGGACACAUUGCUCUGCCUGCUGUUCGAUGUGCUCAAACGCCUCCACCACCAGCUCUAUUUCCUCCACCGCCGCUGCCUCUACAACGCCCGACACGGCGGAUGGCUCGACUGCUGGUACGGCAGAGACGUCGGCGGCUCCAGUUGGAAGUGCAACACCAUGCAGUGUGCCAACCAGCAGUGCCCUCAUGAGGCCAGCCAAACAGGCAACCAAAUAUGUAACCAAAUAUGUAACCAAAGCUGUGACCAGCACCCCAAGUGCGGUGUGAAAUCGCCACUUCAAUCAUUCCUCGAGGACGGCCUUGUGGGCUUCCUGCCGCAUGACGUGUCGGCAGAUGGCACCUGUGUCUCAUGCUCCGGCUGCGACACUAAGUCACCCGGCCUGCCGUGCAAGACGCCGAUGGGCCUCUCCAACAUCACCAGGCUGGCCUCCCGUGCCUCCACAGGCAGAGCCAUCAUGGACGUCCUCGGCGCCUUCUGCGGCGGCGCUUCCUCCCCCCUCACCAGGCUGUGUGGCUUCCUGAAUUGCCUCCUAACUCGCCCGCCAAGGACGCCAGACGACCUGUUCGCCUUUUACUACCAGUUCAUAUGUGACUGGCAUAAUUACGGCGAGCACCGUAAGGCGGCCUUCGAGGACGCCGUCGGCGCUGCGUGCUUCCGGCAGCGGGGCGUGACGCUGGACGUCAGUUCUAUCUUUGGCUCCAGUGACCACGGCUCAGUGCCAGACAUCCCUCACCUCACCGGGGACCUCUUCUCUCUCGUCGAGUGCAACGGCACUCCAGGCUCCGCUCCGUCACACCCAUGCGGUCCCUACCUCAAGCCCCUCGGCCACGACGUGAGUGCCUACUUCGCCAAGGAGCACGCCCGCCUCUACCUCUCCUGGGUGGUAUACCUCACGGAGGCUUUCUACGAGUUCCUCUGUUCACUGCUGCAGGACUGCGAGCGCACCUGCGCCGACGCCUCAGCCACCUGCCACGCCAGGAGCUGCGACAAACAAUGCCCAGCCAAGCGACGGCCACUGGCCCCGGACUCCGAGCACCUUGAAUCAUGCCCCUCCAUCGUGGACUGCGACUCCACCACGCCCACGCUCUUCAGGUACGGCUUCGUGCACAGGGACGCCCAUAGCCUCGCCGGCUCCACCAGCGGCCACCAAGGCAAGCGGAUCUGCGAGGAUUUCUGCAAGGUGCUCCAAGUCGCCGUCAAGCACAUGAACCCUCUCCACAGGCUGGCGCACGAGACCAUUCCCGAGUACCUAUAUCGCAUCCGUGCCCCCUUCCUCUUCUGCCUCAUCGCACUCUGGCUCAUCGCCGCGCUCUACAUUCUCCACUCACUUCUCUACCGCAUCGACGUUCUGCGCAUCCGCUCCCACCUCCUCACCACCAGGGCCUCACACCUCAUCGACGUCAAGGCGCUGCUCGCCGGAAGCCGCAGGAUGCUCUCACUCUACCACGACGUCGAUUACUUCGACGACGACUUUCACUCAUGA